AUGGCGCGGCUCCGGCUGCUCGAGGAGCUCCUCAAAGGGGCCCUCCCGGCCUCCUGUCCGGCCUUACGCAGCCGCGAGGGCUGGGUCCAUAGCCUCCUGCAGCCGGCCCUUUUCCCCUGGCUCGCGGGGCACCGCCGAGCCGCCGCGGAGGAGGCCCAGCGCAGCUCCGACAACCUAGCCCGGCUGAGUGCGGACGUCGUCGCGCAGCUCGCGAGGCGGCACCCCGUGUUACGGAAGCACAUCUUCGCGGAGAAGGUCCCCGUCCACAAGGUCGUCCAGGGGAAGGCUGAGUCGGACGCCCCUCAUCUCAUCCAGGCCCAGACCGCCCACGCCUCCCCUCUAAUGGUCGACCCGGUCGGAUGGACCCGGGCGCUCGCGGGAGUGUGCUCCAGCAAAUAUCGCGUGAGGUUUGCUCUCUCGGAGCGCUGGGAAAGCGCGAACACGUAUCUGAAGUACGACGUCGAGGUCAUGCGAAGCAUCCUAACCUCCGUGGCGAACCCCCAGGACGCGACCCAGGCCCGACAGUAUCGCGAGCACAUGUUUGACAUCGUGGUCUUGGCCAUGGGCUCCCAGACAGGUGUGAAGACCAGUCAAUCCUUCAAGUUCCCAAUCAUACCCCUCUCCGGCUAUGCGGUCGCGCUUUCAGGUCUCACAGAGCCGCUCUUGGGCGCAAUCAAAGGGUUGUUUCACGGGGAUAAAGCCGCGUCUUUAACGCAACUUUCUGGCCCAUGUAGCCUCUACGCCUACCGCUUCCCUCAUUCAGAUGGGGGUAGCCAUAAUAAUGACACCUCCGCGAAGGCGUCACCGAAAAGCAUGGAGCUUAGCAAAGACUCUUACAAGUCGAAACGUGGGGAUAGGGACUCUGCGUCUGGUGUGGGGGAACAAUACUACCUCACCGGACUUCUUUCCUUCAAUACCAUCUUACAGGAUCAUUGUCCUACCGUCGUUUUCAAGGCCUUAUCGAAUCUGGAAGCCUAUUUACGCGUCAAAUGCAAUGUAGAAGUUCCAUUGAUUGAUGCCCAAGCCGAUAUUGCGGAAAAAGUCACCAAACACGCUGAAGCCGAUGAUAAUUCUCGAGAGCAGUGCAUUGAGGUUGAGGAAUAUACUCGCGGUUUUACACCAGACGGGGUGCCGCUGGUGGAUCAGUGCGGUGGCACAUUUAACAUGUUUGUCUGCUCAGGUUUUGGUGAUCAUGCAAUGGACUUUGCCCCUGGAGCAGCAAAGAUUCUCAGUAAUCUGAUCCAAACCCAGGCAGAGAAUCUAUUCGAAAAAGAUGAAGCCCAGCUCAAACUCCGUGGGACAGUCGACGGUGUCUUUCCACGCUCACGGCGUGCACAACUCGAAAAAGAGAUGCACUUCCUCCUCAACGGUAUCCUGUUAGACAAGACUGACAAGAGAUGGUGGUCUUUGCUAAAUCCCUUGAAUUGGCACUUCGGGAAGCAGCCACUAGCUUCGGAAGGGGUGUGUGAGAAGCAACUUGUCCAUUUUAAUGUCAACCCCUUUUCCACCGACCGCUACGCGAGGCUCAUCAGGAAAGACUUUCAGGAGAAUUCUCACUAUUCCCCAAUAGCAUAUAUCAGUGUGAUUGAGGAAGCGCUAGUUCGGAAAACGGAGCCCACAAUUGAAUAUCUCACAAGGUGGGCCAUUGAUUUGGCGCGGAAAGAAACCACUCCUGAUUUUAUUCGAACAAUAGUAUUUAACCUUGUGUACGACUAUGAGUUGGAUAUAGUCGGACAGAACUUCAUACCAAAACUAGAGGAAACACGCUUGCAGUUGAUGCGAAAAAAUGAGUUGGAAACGGCGCGAAAUAUGGAAAUUAUCGAUCAGAGUAGGGUGAGAAGCAUGGAGAUCGACCGGCGUGCACUGGGGCCGCUCAUGCGGACUACAGACUCCAUGCCUGGAAACCAUUGA